ACCCAGAGUAAAGCCCCUAAUAAAAGUGCAUCACCUGGGCGAGGCUGCUGCCUGACUCGAGCCUUUCAAACCCUUUCAGAUCUUAUUGUGCAGGCAAAAUCCGGCACUGGCAAAACCUGUGUGUUCUCCACCAUUGCCCUCGAUUCCCUCAUCCUGGAAAACCCAGCAACCCAGAUCCUGGUCUUAGCUCCAACAAGAGAAAUUGCAGUGCAGAUUCAUGCAGUUAUCACAACUAUUGGAAUCAAAAUGGAGGGCUUGGAAUGUCAUGUCUUCAUUGGAGGGACUCCUUUGAACCAAGACAAAAUGAGACUAAAGAAGUGUCACAUAGCUGUAGGCUCUCCAGGUCGCAUAAAGCAACUCAUAGAAUUGGACUGUCUGAAUACAGCCAGUAUCCGCCUUUUCAUUCUUGAUGAAGCUGACAAGCUUUUGGAAGAAGGCAGCUUCCAGGAACAAGUCAACUGGAUUUAUUCUUCUUUGCCAGCCAACAAACAGAUGCUGGCUGUUUCUGCUACUUACCCUGAAUCACUGGCUAAGGCUUUAACCAGGUACAUGAGAGACCCUACCUUUGUGAGGCUGAACCCUACAGAUCCAAGUCUCAUUGGGCUGAAGCAGUAUUACAAAAUUGUGAAUUCUCAUUCACUUCCCCAUAAGACUUUUGAAGAGAAGGCUCAGCAUUUGCAGGAGCUUUUUAGCAAGAUUCCAUUUAAUCAGGCCUUGGUCUUCUCAAAUCUGCAUAGCAGGGCUCAACACUUGGCUGAAGUACUGACAUCAAAAGGUUUUCUUGCUGAGUGCAUUUCAGGAAGUAUGAAUCAGAACCAGCGUCUUGAUGCAAUGGCUAAAUUGAAACAGUUCCAUUGUAGAGUCCUGAUUUCCACAGACUUGACUUCUCGUGGAAUUGAUGCUGAGAAGGUGAAUCUUGUCAUCAACCUAGAUGUGCCUUUGGACUGGGAAACGUACAUGCAUAGGAUUGGCAGAGCUGGCCGCUUUGGAACCUUAGGCCUAGCUGUGACUUACUGUUGCCGUGGGGAGGAAGAGAAUAUGAUGAUGAAAAUUGCACAGAAAUGUAACCUUCAGCUUCUUCCUUUGCCAGAACCUGUACCCGCUGGAUUGAUGAAGCACUUUGCAGAUUGGGAUGUGGAGGUCACAGCUGUUGCCCAUGCAGAUGCUUCCGUGGACACUCCUACUUUGACCCAUAAAAGUCCAGAGGAGUCAGAGCAGCACACAAGCAUAAAUAGGUGUGCUCAGAUACCUCCGUGUGAUCCUGCAGGGGAAAAGUCCUCCACAUCCAAGCCAAGAAGGGUUUCCAAGCACAAGCAGCUCCUAAAAGGCUACCGAGAUCAUGCAAAUGCAGAAAAAAUUAGCAAGAGUCCAAAGACAUUCAACCUCAGCACACAGCAGACACACCAAAUGGCAACGACCUGCAAAACCACUGAACAGCAUAUUGAUCAGCAUGUGGAUAAGGAAACCUUAAAAAAUACACUCCCCAAAAUCCCUUGCCUAUCGUCAUUUAAGAACCAGCAGCCUGCCCUUCCCUGGAGCUUUACAGAGUUUGUUGACGAUUAUGAAUACUUCAUUAAAGAAGGGUUGGAGAAAAGGGUUGAAAUCAUAAGAAGCUACACAGGCCCUGGAGAACAGUACCAGCACCCUAAAAAUGGGACUUUUGAAAAGAAAGGGAUGGAGGAGACCAUGCAGUCAGUAGCAGACAGUCUCUCAUUUGAGGACACUGAUAGUGAUAGUAACUCAUACCGUUCCGGAGCUUCCUCACCUUGCAGGGGGGAAAACAAGUCUUUCUGUGAAGCCUCUUCAGAUACUCAAGAGAGAGGAAGUGAUGAACUCAAUAUGGAUCAGGCUGCUCAGAAUUAUUCUCAAAGCAUAAGCAGCUCUCUGAGUCCAAUGGAGCACCAACAAAUACCACAAACCCAAAAGCACAGUCAGGUGGAAAAGAAGGUGGUGAAACAAACUUCCAAACGGUGUAAGAAAAGCCGCCACCAACGUUCCGCCAGGCCUCCAAAGAGAGAAGCCCAGGCAGACUAUUCACACAGCCCUCCGGUGGGGAGUGUCCCUGCCUUUCCCUAUGAGACUCAGGCUUAUGAAGAAUACUGGAAGUCCUAUUACCAAAUGUGGCAGGGCUAUUAUGCUUCUCACUCUUACAACAGGAGAUGUCAUUGGCCUUUUAACUGGAUGACUGCUUAUCAAACCAACUCUGUCUAUCUUCAAGAACUGUUGAAGAGUGAUUAGUGAUGGGAGAGCAAGCUUCACUGCAAAAGGACUGCGCUUUAUCAAGAGCUAUCAUUUGCACACAGGAAUUGGCUUACAGAAAUAAACAGAUGUCUGUUUUUAGGCUGAAUUAAUUUUUCUUUUUGGAAGUAAACUGUGGGCAAAGGAUUUGUAUACAUUCCAGUGAGUUGGCAUUGGUCCUGCACCAAAUGUUUGUCAAUAAAUAGAAAUGAUUUGUCUUGUA